AUGGACAAGCUAAGCUCUAAAUUGGACAAGUUUUACACCGAUUUCUAUGAAUUUGAAACCAACCCAAGAAAAAAGUCAAACUAAAAUCAAAUCGAUCUCAAUACUUCAUUGGAUCUACACUUUAAAGAUCUGGAGUCCUUACAAAGUAAAGAUUAAAGCUCUGAUUAUGAGGACUGA